ACACGACUCGCUCAAUGUAACCACCGCUAUGGCGACUCUCGCAGCAAACGACCAGGAAAAUGCCGUCCGCCAUUUGCAUGCCGCCGGCGGCUCGAAGUCGCUAAACGCGGGCAUCAAGGGAUUCAACGCCAAAACACCAGGAAACAAAGCCCCCAAGACGCCCUUCAAGAUCCCGCUCAACGACGAAAAUGCCGUGACCAAAGGCGCGAAAUCGCUUUUGCAGACUCAAGGCAAGGGUGCCGAAUUAUUUACAGGCGGCAAGGGUGGCAAGGUUGACCAGAAUGCCUUUGUUACUCCAGCCGGACCCCGUAUGCGUGCGCCCUUGGGCAUGAAAACGACCAAUGCCAAAUCUAAAGCCUUUGCGACGCCAGCGCCACUUUCCUCUGCAAAGACGCAGAAGCUCAGCCCGCGUCUACGCCGUCCAAAAGUCAAGGUCCACCAGCCUGAAGUCGCCCACGAGUCUGAAGAUGAUGUGCCCGAAGUUGAGUACAUGCCUCCCAAGGAGAUUCCGCUCGAGGAUGACAUGGACGAGUACCUCCCCAGGAACUGGACUAUUCCCAGGAUCAGCGAGCAGGAUAUGGUGCGCGGCAUCUGGCAGGCCUACCACAACCCAAUUGAGGACGACGGACGCACGCGCGAGCAGCGCAAGUUUGAGGAGGAACUCCAAAAAGGUCGCAAGCAGCGCGACGAGCAUUUUGAGAAGAUCUUUGCAUCUCAAAUGGCCAAGGACGACGCUGAGAUGAGGGAAUACUAUGGCAUCAAAGAACCGAAGAAAGAGGCAGCGCCCAGAGCAGUAACGUCCGUUUCUGCGCUUAGAAAGGCUCCAACUGGACCAUCGACUAUACGCGCCCGAUCUGCAGCAGCCGCUCUUCUCCCAACCUCAAAGCCCAGCUACGCUGCUCCUACUGUAGCCGCCAAAUCGCGCGUACCUACUGGACCAGUUUUUGGCAGGAAAGGAGCAAAGACGCCUACAGAAAUGACAGCCUCUCGCCAGGUCUCAACUUCAGUAGUAUCCAAGAACACAAUUGGCUAUGCUCAGGGCCGUGCUGGACGUGCUGCUCCAGCAGCAGCGCGCAAACCCCUCUCCAAUGUCACCAAGCCCGCGCCUUUCUCUGCCAUGGCGCGCCCCGUCUCGACCAGCCAUGUGCGCAGCGCGAGCACCAGCGCUUCUACUGGCCGCUCUCGAGGCCCCAUUUCCCGCUGCAGCUCCACCUCUACCAACGCCACGUUGGUUUCGUCCGCCGAGGACGAGCAGCCGCAUCGUACCGCCGAAGACUUUGAGCGUGAAAUGGAGUUGCUGCUGCUUGCCCACUCCGACGAUGAAGAUGAUGACGCGUGGACCAGAAACUUUAGCAACCAGUUGCAUGGAAAUGUCGCGCUCGCUGACGAGCAAGAUGACGAUGCCGCUGCGUUCCAGUUGCAGCUCCCAGAAGGCUUCUAGCAUAUUUGAAAAGUGUAGAGACGAGCUGAAACUGAGCUUUCCAACAAGAAGAAGGGGGAAAAAAAGAAGCAGUAGAAGAACAUUCAGUCAUGUGUAAAUUACUAAACUAUGACAUGUGUUUUUUUUUUCUGUUCUUGUUUUCUGGGGGCUGCUGGAGUAUGUGUGGAUAUUGGAUACCUCUUUCUUUGUCUUUCUUUCUUUCUUUUUAGCCUUUCUUUCUUCAGUUGUAAUGGGUUAACUUUGAGUAUGAGUGGUAUGAAUUCAUGCCAUACGUGUACAUCUCCCUCUU